AUGUUGAUAUACACAACAGCUACACGUUGCUAUGGUUGGCUAUAAACUUCUGCAAUGCUAAUAGUUUAGUCCGUGUACUGUUAUUAUUCACCCUGUGCAGUGCCUCGUAUCUUACCAAGACUAACUUGUCUGUGCUGAUCAAAAUGGAUCUAACUGGCAAAGUAAUAUCUUCAAGCUGCAGCGUAAUAAAAAGCGUAAUGUCAGAUGUCGGUCCAGACAUACCUGGCCAGCCUUACAGUAUCUCAGUGCUUAAAGAGGGUUAUUGUUUGCCACAACCAAAUGGUUGUACGCGUGCAGACGGAACCAUAUCUCUCUUACUUGGACCUAAGACAAUUUUGGUUGAUACUGGGGGACCAUGGGAUCGUGAUUUUCUUCUUGCUCAGUUGGAGAAAAGAGGACUGAAGCCUGACGACAUCAGCGUAGUCGUCGGAACCCAUGGCCACUCAGACCACGUGGGUAAUUUAGGGCUUUUUCCAGACGCAAUGAUAGUUGUAGGGUCUGAUAUAAGUCAAGGGGAUCUGUACCUUCCAAACGAGCUGGCAGACGGCCAGCCAUAUCCUAUCGAUGAUCAUGUGUUAAUAGUUCCAACCCCAGGUCACACAGGACGUGACGUGAGUGUGCUGGUGAAGGACACCUCUGUGGGUGUGGUGUUGGUUGCAGGGGACUUAUUUGAGUGCUGCGCUGAUGAAGACUCCUGGCGGGCGCUGAGUGAGAAUCCUCAAGUACAAGAGGUGAACAGAAGGGCGGCUUUACACACUGCGGAUGUUAUCAUCCCUGGACAUGGACCUCUGUUCAAGGUGCAGAGGGUCUCCACCAACUGAUAUGGCCUACGCCCUUGUAGGUGAACUUAGGGUGUUUCCUGAUUAGUUAUUUGAAGUCUUAGUCUUCUUUUGAUGUAAACAUCUAAAUAUCUAAGAAAUGAGGGAUCUCCAAACCUACUGUUUGCGUAUUUUACACGUGUAAGUCUGGCAGGAUUCCAAUAACAACCUUAAUCAGUACUUUUUAUUUAAUUCAAAUAAACCCUUUCAAAAUACA